AUGGAUUCGACGCAAAGAAGCGGAGAGAUGCCUUCGACAAUCAUCAUUAGCAACAAUGGUCAAACAAGAAUUGAACAACAAAAAAAAGGUUGUUUCCCCAUCCGUUACAAUUUGAUGUUCCUGGGAUGGCUUGCUGCUGUUGUUGCUUACAGUAUUCGUAUUGACCUCAGUAUUGCCAUGGUUGCAAUGGUGAAUCAGACAUUUGUUGAGAAUUUUAAGACCAAUAAGAGUGAUGAUUUCAAGAGUUUCUGUCCAAGCCCUUACAACAAGAGUUCAAACCAUAAAAACAAUUCUCUGAUCACUGGGGACAUUGACUGGACACCCCGCCAACAAGGAGUGGUUUUGGCUGCUUUCUUUGCUGGUUACUUCUGUUCUCAAAUUCCUUGGGGUAUUAUUGUCCAAAGAUUUGGUGGCAAGAAGACUGUUGGCUUUGGACUUCUUGUUUGUGGCAUUUUGAGCAUUGUAACUCCAGCUGCUGCAGAAUACAGUUUUGUUUUGACUGUUAUUGUUCGUGGUCUCAUGGGUGUGACUCAGGGAAGUGUAUAUCCAGGUUUGAUGUCAUUAAUAGGAAAAUGGGUUCCUCUUGAUGAAAGAAGUAAAUUCUCUACUGUCAUCAGCACAGGUGGUUCAAGCGGGGUCAUUGCUUCAACCUACCUAACAGCCUUAUUCAGUGAACAUGAUUACCUGGGUGGUUGGCGCACUGCUUUUUAUAUAUUUGGUGCUGCUACUUGUGUGUGGUUUAUUUUCUGGAUGAUGUCAGUGUAUAAUUUUCCAGCUGAGCACCCAAGAAUAUCAAGAAAGGAGUUAAAUUAUAUAGAAGCUUCAUUAACUUCAGCCACUGCAAAUAAAAAGGAUAUAAAGGUUCCUUGGGCUUCAAUUCUCAAAUCUGUGUCAAUUUGGUCACUGUGUAUAUUGAUGUUCUGUAACAGUUGGUUGUAUUAUGUCCAGCUUACAUUUAUGCCAACCUACAUGAAUGUCAUUUUGGGUCUGGAUAUGAAUGAUAAUGGCAUUUACUCGUCUUUGCCGUAUUUGGCAGGAGCAAUCACUUCAUGCCUUGGUGGGGUCAUUGCUGAUUGUAUGAUACACAGAGGAGUGAAAAUUAAUACCACUCGUAAAAUCAUGACAACCAUAGGUGUAAUUCCGGAGACUAUCACUACUCUCACAAUUGCUUUUCUUGGUUGUAAAAGCAAUUUGGUCAUUACAAUGUUUAUCCUCACUCAUGCUUUUGGAGGUUUUGGAGAUGCCGGAAUGUCAAUUAGUAUUAUUGAUAUCGCUCCAAGAUAUGCAGGUGUUAUUUAUGCAAUUGCUAAUUGUUUAGCAAAUUUUUCUGGAAUGUUGGCUCCACUUGUUACAGGGUACAUCACAGAUGUAGAGGAAACUCUGGAUCAGUGGAAGAAAGUAUUUUUUCUGGCUAGUGGACUCAAUAUCUUUGGGUAUUUGUUAUUUUUGACUUUAGCCAAAGUUGAAAAAGCCCCCUGGUCAGAUGACAUUACAGAAAAUGAUGAAGCCGAGGUAAAAUUAAUAGAUUCAACAUCAAACAGUGAAACACACACAAAGAAUUAUGGAACAAUUGUGUCUUGA